GAGCUUGCACACAUCAGGAUGAAAUGCUUCAUCUGCUCUUCGUUGUACUCGACGACGUGCGUCUUUUGAAUAAAGGCAAAAACGUCAUUUGUUAGACCAUAUUACAUUCCGCCAGUCAGCAACUGUCCACGUUUGGUGACUGCUAGCCCACUGAAGUCGCGCAGCUUUAAGUUCCCGUGUGAGCAAUGGCUUCUUACAACAUGUUCGACUCCAAGUGUUCAUUGAAUGCAGUUCCCUUCGCAAUGUUUUCUCAUCUUCAUUUACUAACUGAAGCAAUUCCUGUCCAGUUUGGAAGCAAUUUUGAUUGACAAGUCGUGAAACACGUCUCCGGUCACUUUCAUGCAGGAUCUUUUUCCGACCACAAUUCUGACGACGUGUUUCGUGACCACGUGUAUUACACCACUGCUUUGUACACACGUUGAACAGUCCGCUUUGAAACGCCAACAAAUCCAGCAACUUCAUUCACCAUAUGACCAUUGGCACGACCAAACACAAUUGCCCCUUUUUGCCACUCUAUCACAUCUUUACUCUUACCCGUAUUUACACACCAUUUCCGCUUCAAACAAAAAUAUCUCCCUCAGAGCUACUUGUGUUUCAUCACAUUGAAGCAGUGUGCAUGCACUUGACCACCGCGUCAUCUAACAAAACCUAACGAUUCAUCGGUGCUUGCGUACUAAGUUGACUAAUUUUUUGCCCGGUGAGCUUAUAUGUGUGUAUAAAAAUUAAGUUAGCUUAAGCAAACAAGAUGUAAAUACAAAUCAUAAAAUUUAAACAUAAACGAAAUAACAUUGUCGUAUGACAAAAACAAAAUCGAAUGAAAAGUACUAUAAAUUUACUUCUCCAUAACAAUUUCAUAAAAUGGAUAAUGAAAUAUUUGAAUUAAACCACAUGAGACAAAAUUUAGUGUCCGAUAUUGAAGAUUUCAUAUCUAGCAACCAAGAUAAAACUUUAAAUUCCACAGAACUGCAGACGAUUUUCCAGCUUUAUAGAAAUCUCCGAACAACGUUUGCAGACCCAGCUAGCAAUUUAGUAAGCUUGAGCUGGAUAUUAUAUUACAUAAUUGAAGAAUCUUAUAAAUCAAAAGAAGAAAACAGCGAUUUUAUCGUCCAAUUACUCCAAUCUCUGAUAGAAAACGAUGGCAACACUUUUUUUAUAUUAAACUUGAGCGCGUCUGCGUUUCCUAACAAGUCCAUUUUCGAAUUCAUGUUGGACCAUACAAACAAACAGAAAUCACUAUUCCGUGGGUACCGAUUGGUCUGCCUACCGUCAUGUAGUAAUAUAAAUUUCUUUGCGCCAGUUGAAUUAGCACUUUAUUUCAAAUCACCCAAAUUGAUGCAUUGUCUGCUCAGGUAUGGUGCCUUGUAUUCGUAUCUCGAUGGUUAUGGUGAAAAAGUUAGACAACAGUGGAUGUUCCGGUCUCUUCCAUGUCCAAGUACCAGACUUUGCGCUGAUAUAAUAUCUCUUCUAAUCAACUAUUUUCAAGAAUUUAAUCCAGAAAUGAAAGCGCUGCUAGACCUGGAUGAUAGAAGUCGUAGCGAUUGCGAACUCCUGGUUAAAUGCGGACGUUUGAUUCUUAGAGAUAUGCCACUUUUAAAAACCAGAUAUCUUCUGGACAAGAGUGGGAAGAUAUAUGCGAAGAGGGAAAUAAUCCUGAUUUUGCGCAAGAUCGAAACUUUUAUAUCAGGAAUACAUAGAAGCUUUUGUAAUCCUUUAACACUAAAGCACGCUAGCAAAUUAGAAGUGAGGAAAGCAUUAAACAACAACUGGCAGUUGCCCUGUGGAAUUCAUGAAUUACAAAUACCUACUAAUUUAAAAAAUUAUAUAGAUUUGCAGGAAGAUUGAUAUAUUACGAGAUUUGAUUUUAAAUAUAAAUCGAGUUUUGUCCUAAAUUUUUCAAUUAAAAGAGGAAAAUAAUAGAAUAAAAUUAUUUUGU